AUGAUCCUUCCAAGCUACAAGUCUGCGGAAACGAGCGUGUCGGUCCAACUUCUGCUUGUAGCCCUUCUCGGCCUAUCUGUGUACUCUCUCACACAACGCUUCAUCGCGUGGAGUCGUUUGAGCCACAUCCCCGGUCCGCCUUUGGCUUCGUUCUCGAACCUAUGGUUGGUGUGGCAUGCAUAUCGAGGGACUUUGCCGUGGGCUAUCAAAGACGCCACUGAUAAAUAUGGCUCUCUCGCACGUGUAGGACUCAAUACGGUAGUGAACUCCAAUCCCGAAAGCGUGGUUAGGGUCCUCCAGCCUUGUUCCGGCUUCAUCAGGGCUCUUGACUACCAAGCUGCGCGUUUCAGGCCGGGUAGUGAUAACAUACUGUCUAUGCGAGAUGAAAAGGCUCAUAAGGUCUUGAAGUCAAAGACCACUGCCGGGUAUAACGGCAAGGACGUCGAGGGCCUGGAGGGCCAAAUUGACAAAGUCGUAGAGACUUUUAUCGACCUUAUUGAGAGGAAAUACUUAUCCACAUCGACUGACUACAGGCCAGUUGACCUGGCACGUAUAACGCAGUAUUUCACUUUGGAUGUCAUCAUGUCUAUUGCUUUUGGGAGCAAUUUCGGGCACCUGGAGUCCGACUCAGAUGUUUAUCAAUAUCUCCAUAUGAUGGAGAGCUUCAUGCCCAUGGUUGCUAUUAUCUUGGUUUACCCUUGGCUGUGUGAUAUUCUGGAGUCGAGAUUCUUGCAUAUGAUGGGCCCGAAGGAUACUGAUAAGACGGGGAUGGGAAAGGUUAUGGGAUUUGCCAAAGAAGUGGUGAGCCAGCGUUUUGGUCCGAAAAAGAUCAUCCGUAAGGACAUGUUAGGCAGUUUUAUUGCGCACGGCAUGACUCAAGACGAAGCAAAUUCAGAGACUCUAGUUCAGAUUGUGGCAGGAUCCGACACCACAGCAACAACAAUUCGGGCGACGUUCCUCCACAUCAUAAGUUCCCCACACAUUUAUUCGACGCUCCGCAAAGAAAUCGAUAACGUCAGCCAUUUAUCCUCGCCCGUCACUGAUGCCGAGGCGAAGAGAUUGCCUUACCUCCAAGCAGUCAUUGAGGAAGGGCUCCGCUACUGGCCACCGAUUGGUCUCCUUGCGUCGAAGAUUGUGCCCAAGGGAGGUGCUACAAUCAAUGGCUUCUUUCUUCCGGAAGACUCUAGCAUCGGGGUCUCCACUAUGGGGAUCCAGAGAUCGAAAGAGAUUUUCGGGGCCGAUGCAGAUGAAUUCCGACCUGAAAGAUGGUUGAGUUUUGGGGAAGGCGAAGCUGAGAAGGCUAGGGAGAAGAGAAUGCGCAGCACUGUCGGUCAAGUGUUCGCCUCGGGGAAGUAUACCUGCCCUGGUAGACCGGUGGCUAUGAUGGAGCUCAAUAAGAUUUUUGUGGAGGUCUUGCGCAAGUACGAUAUCACCCUGGUGAAUCCUUCUCGGCCGUGGAGGUCAGUCUAUGCUGGGGUCUGGAUGCAAAAGGACUUGUGCGUCCGCAUCAGCAGGCGAGCGCCUUGA